AUGGCGUUCAUGACUGACGAAGAGCGCCUGGAGUACCAGGAGCGCAAGUUGGCGCAUACCGUACCUAUUGAGUACAAGCGUACGCGCAAGCCCAUGGUCAAAGAGCUGCUUUCGAUUCUGGUGGCAGCAGCUAUGCUCGUGUGGGUCACGUUGCACUACCACUACCGCCUGCCAGCGCCAUUGCAGGCCACAACUCCGGAGCUACCGCGUCCUGGGAUGAAGGCCAGUGAGGGAUGGUACAGAAAGUUUUUCGCGCAUGAACUGGAUACGCAGUCUGCGCCUGCCUAUCAUCCCUUUGACAACACCUCGUCAGCGCAAGCGCCGAUCUACAAUGGACCUAUGCACACGUACUUCAGCGAGGCCAAUGCUAUGAUGACGAUGCAGUACCUAUCUGAAGGAAUUGGAUACCGUGUGGUUGGAACGCAGCAGCACAUCGAUGCGGAAGCAUGGGUCGAGUCAAUUCUCCGUCGGUACGAAGGUACGCACGCUACAGGCGAGUCGUACCAGACGGAGGUGGAAGUGUUUAAGCAGGUGGGCGAUGGUGCCCACCGUUUCGAGAUCCUGGGUCAUCCUGUGUGGAAGAAGUACCACAGCAUGUCAAAUCUGAUUGUACGGAUCUCAGACGGCACGGACGAAGGCAAGGCACAGACACUGCUUCUCAAUGCGCAUCUGGACAGCACACUGCCUUCGCCUGGUGCUGCGGAUGACGCUGCAGGUGUUGCUAUCAUGCUAGAGGCGUUGCGAGUGCUCACCAUGCCUGGUGCACCACGCUUGAAGCAUGGCCUCAUUCUCCUGUUCAACAACGGAGAAGAAUCUCUGCAGGAUGCCUCGCACUUGUACAUGACACAACAUGAGACCAACACCUCUGUCCGUGCUGUGCUUAACAUGGAAGCAUGCGGUGUAUCGGGCCCUACUCUCCUUUUCCAAGCAACAGACGACGUGCUUAUCAACGCGUACGCCAAGGUCCCGCAUCCUUUCGGUACUGUGUUGGCCAGUGAUGUGUUCUCGUCCGGUGUGAUUAUGAGCGACACGGAUUUCCGUCAGUUUGUCGAAUAUGGUCUUGGCUUGCCAGGUCUGGAUAUGGCGAUUGUCGGCUCUUCCUACCUGUACCAUACGCGUUUGGAUGUGCCUGCGUACAUUGAGCGAGGUGUGAUGCAGCACUUUGGCGAGAAUGUAUUUUCCCUUCUUGAAUCUCUUGCUCUCAACCCUGACUCGCAGCUGUCGGAAGCUCGCCGCUGGCCGUACGACAUCAAGCGUGUGCUGCCCGUGUACUUCUCGAUGUUUGGUACCUGGUUCAUCAACAUGCCAGCUCGUUUGUUCAAGAACAUGAUCCUUUCGUUGGGUGUGGCUGUCAACUUCCUUCUAGCCUCGAUCAACACGUCUGAAACGCGUGUGCACUUCAUUUCAUACUCGCUUCUGUCGGCCCUUGGCUUGGUAGCAAGCUACGUAGCGGCUAUUCUCGCCGCCAACGUCGUGGCACUGACACUGCGCGGUGUGAACAUGCCGCUUUCCUGGUUUGGACAUGAAUGGUAUGCACUAGCUCUGUUUACUCCGCCGGCGAUAGCAGCUGUGGUGGGUACACAGUUGAUACUCCGCCGCUUUGCCGAACGUUCUCGUCGGCCGUACUUGGAGUUGUCCACGUUCUCUGGCCACAGCAUCGUAUACACACUGUGCCUUAUGGUGAUGAACAUGUACGGUCUGGGCUCUGCCUACUUGAUGUUCACCGCUACACUGGCCUUCUUUUUGCCUCUCUUAUUCAAUGACUUUGUGUUUAUUGGUCUGCCGGCUAUUGCGGAAGGCAAGGUCGCACCGGAUCGUCGUGUGCGCUUGGUUUCGUACUUUCUUGCCCUGCUUCCUGCUGCGACCAUGGGAGCAGAAGGCGUGAUUUCGUUCCUGGAUUUGCUUGUUCCGCUUAUGGGCCGUAUGGGUACCGAGGUGCCUGUGGACCAUGUCAUUGGCACUUUGGUUGCUGUCCUCGUGACGCUCAAUGCCGGCUUCUUUGUGCCUCUAUGCCACCGUUACGGCGCACGGUUCAUGCACCAUGCUGUGCUAGUCCUUCUCGGUGUAACGGCCGUGACAACAGCUUUCUUUGCUAUGCCUGGUGUGCCGACGUUUGACAAGACGCAUCCACGCCGUUUGCUACUCCAUCAUGUUGAAAACAUUACCAGUGGUGAGUGGCAUGUGGCUUACUCUUCGCUGGAUUCGGCGAAGGAAAACCCUGCUAUGGCCACAGAGCUGGAACGCGUCCUCCUUCACGGCGCUACGAAUCACUCGCUCAGCUGGGAUGACUCCCCCCAAGUGGCGGCGGACAUGGACAUUCUGUUCCCUCUGACGCACUUUAUCGACACCUCGCGUGUCACACUCCCAUCUACCCCAGCACGUGAGGCGGCUUCCAAGGACAUGCAGCGUUGGUCUCAGUUCCGUGUGACCUGCGACGACAUUCGCAUCGAUCCUGUGAAUGCGACGCGUGAAGUGGUUCUUCGUUUGCAUCACCCUGAGAUUGCAUGGUCGACGCUCUCCUUUGAUGCGGAGGUAUUAGAUUGGGACUUUGCCGAAGCGCCCCCUAGUGGCUGGCAACGUCAUCAUUUGAAAGAUGUGUCGCGUCUUGGUGCCAAUGAAUUUGCCAUGCGCCUCGUGCUUAAGCUCACGCCUGAGCAAGUGGCUUCCUAUGCUUCGCACAAGACUCGUCGCGACACUCUUCUACGCUCCCCACCCUUCCACACGGAAACGGCCAUUCAUCCCAGCCGACUCCGUGUACACUACUCGGGCUUGGAUGCGUUCGGUAUGUACCCACACCACAAGAAUGUUGGUAUGGACAGGCUCUCGAUGCAGACAUUAGCAGAGUUGGAUGCUAUGUUUACCUCAUCGUUCCCUGAAAUCGAUCCGAUGCUCAUGUCUGUCAUUGCCGGUGUGGCUGAGUGCUAA